AUGUUGAUAGAAGGCCUCAACCAUAGGCCGUUAAAAGACCUAGCAGACCAGGCAAUCAAGCUAAGAUUUAAUUGUGUACGACUCACAUACGCAACUCAUAUGUUCACUCGCUAUGCAAAUAGGACAAUUGAAGAAAACUUUGAUCUUCUUGAUUUAAAACAAGCAAAAGCUGGAUUGGCUCAAUAUAAUCCUUUUGUGUUGAAUAAGACUAUUGCUGAAGCAUAUGAAGCUGUUGUUGAUAUAUUGGGGGCGAGUGGUUUAAUGGUCAUCGCUGACAAUCACAUAAGCCAACCAAGAUGGUGUUGCUCUCUUGACGAUGGCAAUGGCUUCUUCGGAAACAAUAAUUUUGACCCCCAAGAAUGGCUACAAGGACUUAGCUUAGUUGCUCAACGCUUUCGCAAUAAAUCAACGGUGGUAGGAAUGAGUUUACGAAAUGAGAUACGUGGCUUUAUGGAAAAUGCAAAUGAUUGGAACAAAUAUAUAACUCAAGGGGUAACCACGAUUCAUAACAUAAAUUCGGAAGUUUUAGUGAUUGUUUCGGGGUUAAAUUAUGACAACGAUCUCCGAUGCUUAAAGGAAAAGCCUUUGAAUGUUGGCACCUUAGACAAUAAGUUGGUUUUCGAGGUACACUUGUAUUCUUUUAGUGGAGAUUCCGAGAGCAAGUUUGUAAAACAACCAUUGAACAAUAUAUGUGCAAAUAUUAUGAAUGGAUUUAUAGAUCAUGCUGGGUUUGUAAUGCAAGGAUCAAACCCGUUUCCAUUAUUUGUUAGUGAAUUUGGGUAUGAUCAGAGAGAAGUUAAUGAUGCUGAAAACCGAUUCAUGAGUUGUUUCACAGCCCAUCUUGCACUAAGAGAUUUGGAUUGGGCAUUGUGGGCUUGGCAAGGUAGCUAUUAUUUUAGAGAAGGCCAAGCAGAGCCUGGAGAAAGUUUCGGAGUGCUCGACUCUAAUUGGACUCAAGUUAAAAACCCUAACUUUGCAAAGAAGUUUCAACUAUUGCAGACCAUGUUGCAAGAUCCAAAUUCCAAUGCAUCAUUCUCGUAUGUUAUAUAUCAUCCACAAAGUAGCCAAUGCAUCCAAGUCUCUAAUGACAACAAAGAAAUUUUCCUCACCGAUUGCUCCAGUACACCAACUCGAUGGAGUCAUAUCAACGAUAAUACUCCAAUUAAGAUGUCAAGCACUGGUUUAUGUUUGAAGGCUAGUGGGGAAGGCCUCGAGGCAUCUCUUUCAACUGAUUGCUUAAGCCAACAAAGUGUUUGGAGUGCCAUUUCAAACUCUAAACUUCAUUUGGCCACCAUCAGUCAAGGUGGAAAGAGCCUUUGUUUGCAAAUUGAUAGCUCCAACCCUUCAAAAGUUGUGACCAACUCUUGCAUUUGCACCGAUGGUGAUCCAAAUUGCCUCCAAGACACCCGAAGCCAAUGGUUUGAACUUGUUGGAACCAACACUUUAUGA